AUGUCGCUUGUCAUUAGCCCGGAUUUCCAGCACAUUCUGCGUAUUCUUAACACCAACAUUGAUGGUCGUCGUAAAGUGUGGGUCGCUUUGACUGCUAUCCAGGGUGUCGGUCGUCGUUUUUCCGUCAUGGUUUGCAAGAAGGCUGAGGUGGACAUCACCAAGCGUGCUGGUGAGCUAACGAACGAUGAAAUUGAGCGUGUCGUCGCUAUCAUCCAGAACCCGCUGCAGUUCAAGAUCCCCGUGUGGUUCCUAAACAGACAAAAGGAUUUCAAGACUGGCAAGCACUCGCAGGUCGUGGCUAACAACCUACAGGGCAAGUGGCGCGAGGAUUACGAGCGUCUUAAGAAGAUUUACGCUCACCGUGGUUUGCGUCACUGGUGGGGUCUCAAGGUGCGCGGCCAGCACACCAAGACGACUGGUCGUCGCGGACGUACGGUCGGCAUCCUUGGUGGCAAGUAA